UAAAAUCUUAAUUUUUAUAAUUAUAUAAUUUUAAAAAAAAUUAAUAACGCUAAUUUUUUUUAAAUGAUAGAUUUCCGAUUGGGCUGUUAAAGAAUAUUCGUCAAUGACAGGUUAUCCCUUUUCCCUACGAACUAUUUUGAGAUCGGCAUGUUUGAUUUUGAUUUACCGCCAGUUUUUGGCGACAUCUAUGGAUUCCCAGAAUUCUCAAACCAAGCUGGCCCUCUCCAACAACCAAUUCACCUUCGACACUUUGAGACAGGUAGCGACCAGCUCAACGAAGGGCUUAAAAAAUGGUGUCAAUAUUAUUCUGUCUCCCUUUAACGUGGCCCAGGUACUUUCUAUGAUAAUGAUAGGAGCUAAGGGUGAAACGUUCCGCCAAUUAUCGGACACCCUGCAUUAUUCUUCGAACUUUCAACCCAUUCCGACUCCCCAGAAUCAGGAAGGUUUGCACAAAGCUAUCGCAAAUGCUGCAAAACUUCAUUUGGGCGCCAAAAACCGAAAAAGAAACUUCACCCUAGAAACCGGUUACGGAAUUUACCCCGACAAAACGUUUCUUCUCAACCCGAUCUUCGAAAAAAAUGUGAAACGUUUUUACAGGGCUACUAUCCGAAAUUUGAAUUUCAAGAGCCAGCCGAAACUGGCAGAAAAAAUUAUAAACCAAGAUGUUUCGAACGCCACCAACGGGAAAAUCAAAAAUCUACUACCCCCUAAUAGUCUCGACGCGUUCACUCGCAUGGUUUUGAUAGGCACCAUUUAUUUCAAAGGAAACUGGAAGGAUAAAUUUGAUCCCAAGUUAACGAGAAAAAUAGAAUUUAAAAGCGACGAUGGACUGAGCCAGGAAGUUGACAUGAUGCAAGGUUCUAAGGACGGUCAUUACGGAGAUUUCGAUUUUUCUACACUAAUGGACUCCUCCAUAAAGCAUCCACAACCGGUGAAGGUAUUGAGAUUGGAUUACGUGGAUUCCAAUUUGGCCAUGUUUUUCGUGCUUCCAAAGCAGAAUGGAUUAGAUGGGCUUAUCCAAGAUCUCAACACGGCUAUACUGACAAAAUUGAUCGAAGGGCUAAGACACGAAAAAAAAAUUAGGGUGACGAUACCAAAAUUCAAGAUUGAUUACGGCAUCGAGAUGAAGGAGGUUUUGCAGAAACUAGGGAUGACCGAUAUAUUUGGUAACAAGGCCGAUCUGUCAGGGAUUUCCAGAGCUGAAUCGGGUUCUUCAGAGACUGAAAGACUGUAUUUGUCUGAAGUUUAUCAUAAGGCCUUUAUCGAAGUUAACGAAAUCGGAAGUGAAGCAGCCGCGGCCACCGGUGCUGUUAUAUCCUUGUUAUCUGUCAUGACUCCAACUGAGUUCAAAGCCGACCGACCAUUCUUGUAUUUUAUUAUGGAUCUUUCCAAUUCAAACAUUCUCUUUAUUGGAACUUACAGCAAACCACCUCAAACAAAUGCAUGAAUUUAUGAAUAAUAUUAUAUAACUUUUAUAACUUAUUUAUAUCUUAUGAUGAAUUUUUAUUUUGUUUACUUUGAUAAAUUCAAAGAUUAA